CCCUUGAACUCUCAGUGUAGCUGGUAAAGCUGUUCAGAGAGCAUCAGGAGAGAGGCCCAGCUACAUUGCUCUUUCUAUUUCUCAGAGAAUCCUGGCCCUGUGAGAAUGAGUAACAGCAGCCUUAACAGUAUCAGUGACAACCCAACGUCAUUUGCUGCUGCCAAAGUUGAUUCCUCCUAUGGCGGCAGACUUAUUGAUGUGAAUAGCAACACAGCCUUUCGCUCCCUGUCCCCAACUAUUCCCAUAUCAAGAGGAGAUUCUGGGGUGCAGGAGCAAUAUCCCUUCCAUAAAUGGCAAGCAGAACAUUUGGAUGAUUUACCUGCAGGCUGGAAUACUGGGAGACAAAAGACCAGAGCUGAGCUACUUAAGAGUUCCUUUGACCCCAAGCUGCUUGAUAUGCCAAUUACGCGAGAACAAAUGAAUCAUUACCGAAUAAUUGCUGAAAAUGCCCAAAGUGAGCUGGCCGCCCUGCAUGUAAAAUUUGAAAGUGUACAGACAGAGCUGCUAGAUUUACGUGCAAGGGUGGCCUCCAAGGAAGGCUCUCUGCAAGAACUGAAGACCGAAGUAGAAAAUUAUAAAGAGAACACAGCAAGACAGGCUUCACUGAUAAGCUCUUUGAGAGCCAGAGUCCAAGAAACCGAGGAAGAAUCAAGUCGUUUUUCCACUUCCAAAACAAGAGCCGAUUUUGCUAUGCAAGCAGUUCUUCAGGAGAACCAGGAUUUGAAAGAGAGGAUCCAGGAUCUCGAGUCUAGACUAAAGGCUUCUCUGGCUCAGUGGGAAGAUAGCAAAUCCAAAGCUUCUCGCUACAGCAGGAGCCAUGGACAUUUUCUGUCUCAGCUGUCUACAUGUUUGAAUAUCAAUAUUAGAGCACAAGAAGAGCCAGAGGAGCUGCUGCUUUCCAAGAUCAAUGAGUUGUACAAAGACAACGCAGAGCUCAAAGGCAGCAUUGGCAUUUUAGAGCAAACUGUAAAUGUCCAUGAGACAGAAUCAAAAGGCAGCAGGGAAACUAUUAUGCGGUUGGUUUCUGAAGUCAGCAAAGAACAGAAAAAGGCAUCAUCCUUGGCUAAACAAAUAGAAAGCCUGCAAAAGAAUCUUGAGAGUACCACUGAUGACAAAGAAAGCCUUGAAAGGGAGAUUAAAAUAUUAAAAGAAAGAGUGAGCGCUUCUCAGCGGGCCUGGGAGGCCAGCAAGCAAGAACUCAGCCAGGUCAAGAAAAGCUCCACUGAGCUAGAGCUAAGUUUAAAAAGCACCCGUGGAGAUGCCAAAACAGCUCACAGUCUGCAUGAAUCCUUCAUAGACAAUGUAGCGGCAGCUUUGAGCCGUGACUUUGUGGCCGUGAAACCGAAAGAGGAAGCGAUUCUGGAAAAAAUAUGGGAUAUGUGCAACAAGGCUGAAAACAAAAAGAUGAUAAUAUCCCAGCUGGAAGAAAGAGUGUUCAAGCUUAGUGAACAACUGCAAACCCAGACAGAAUUGCAUCAGGAAGCUAUGAACAGAGCAAGAAAAACAGAGCAGUAUCUGGAAGACGUAGGUGGUCGGCUGAAAUUUGCUGAAGGGGAACUGGUGUCUGGAGAUGUAAUGCGGGAUAACCUCAGUCAUGAAAAGCAGAAGUACAUGAAGUUCUUGGAGCAGCUGUCUGAGAAAAUGAAAGUGGAGAGAGUUGCCACCGACAUUGGCUUUGACAUGCGUCUGGAAGCCAUUCUUGGCCGCGCUGAGCAACUGGUAAAACUAGAAGCUAAUGCUGUCAUUGAAAACAAGACCCGGGCUCAUGGCUUACAGAGAAAGUUAAAGGCACAGAAGGAGACACUUGACAGUAGAGAACUUCAUAUGGAGCUUUUAAGGAAAAAAAUUGCCCAGCUGGAAGAGGAGAAGCAAGUGAGGACAGCGCUGGCAGUAGAGAGGGAUGAAGCUAACCUGACAGUGAGGCGCUUACAGAAAAAGGUGGACAGACUACAGAAGGAGCUGAACGUUGCUCUAGAUUCCAACACUGAACUGAAGGCUAGGCUUUCAGACACUAAUGAUUUAAAGAUCAAGACCAUGGAGCAGCACAAGACAAUUGAUGAGUUAAAUAAAUCUGUAAAUCAGUUAGAGAAGGCAAAAGGGAAGACUCAGAAGAUGCUGGUUUCCGUAAAAUCAGAAUUGGAGUUCACUGAGCGAGAGGCUCAGGAGGAAAAAGAGAGAGCUGGAAAUUUGCUUGAGGUUGUCACCAGUGAGUUGAAGACUCUUAAAAAAACACUGGAAGAAGUUGUUAAAAGGGAAAAACAGCUGGUAGACUUUCGGGAAGUGGUAUCACGAAUGCUGGGCCUAAAUGUUAACGUUUUGGCACUUCCUGACUACGAAAUUAUCAAACGACUUGAAGGGCUGAUCCACAACCACCACCAUCAUGUUGUCUCCUGUGCCUAAAUAUAACCUGUGGACAAGUACAAGUAUAAUGAUCAUUUCAUAAGAGCAAAGUUGGUCUCAGAUGUAUCAUUUAACUUGUUCUAUGAACAUGUACAGCAUGUGCCUUAUGUUUGAAUACACCUUCACAGAGUGCCAUGUUUACCAGUAUCUAUGUGGCUUGUUUGUUUUAUUCUUUAAACCAUACAAGAAUAAGAGACAUACUUAAUUACAUAAUUCAUUUUAGCUUACACUACAUGUCCAAAAAUACCUAGAUACACUUUUUCCAUCUAAGCCUAAGCUAGUUUGAACACUCGCUGCUGAGUUGCAAACUCUCUGGAAGCAACAUCAGAGGAAAAACUAUUCAAUAGGCAUUUGGAGUUUUUAUGGGUGAGCAGCCGCACACAAGCCUAACAUCUCCAUGCAGAGUGCUAAUCAUUGGACUGAGUUGUGUAAAGGUCCCUGCCAUUAGACUCUGGAUCACUGGAAAGAUCAUCUGACUGUGUUUUUCAGAUUCCAGGAAAACACUGCUUUUUAAAAUGUUGAUAGUAACGUUUGCUUAUAGAGUAACAGUCUGGGUUUCACACUAUGGUGUACAAUGACGUUCAUAAUGCCAUGCUUCCUACUUCCCCUAUUUUGGGGAAGGGUCUUUCUUGUUUAAGUGUAAUAAUGCACAAAUUAAGAUUCAUAGCAAAUGGAUUUGCUAGGAUGGGAGUGGAAGACCUUGAAUGGCCUGCACUGAACCUCAACCCAACUGAACACAUUUGAGAUAAUUUUGAAUUUUGGAUUAUUUGACUAAAAUGGAGUUUAUGGGAGACAGCCAUCCUGUAAUUUGGCGCUUUCUGGAUAAUGGGUUUACGCAUAACGAAUCCCAUACCUGUACUAUUGUGGUUGAAUGAAAGCAAAUGUUACCAAUAGUGGUCCAACAUCUAAUUAAAAGCCUCCCAGAAGAAUAGAGGCUGUUGUAGCAGUAAAGGGAAAACUAACUUAAUAUUAAUACCCUUGGUUUAAGAAAGAAUUGUUGGAAAGGCAGGUGUCUGGAUAGUUUUGGCCAUAUGGUGUAUGUCAAGUGCAUUAUUUCACUUCCAGUGGGUAUAUUGUACUUCUCCAAGAUGAUACCGUUAGCUUAAUCAAGUACCCAGAAACCACCAAUAGAUCCCAAUUUCAGAGCUGAAAUGAUAACUAGUGAAUCUGUUACUGGCUGAGUUGCUAUCGCAUGUUUUAGUCCUUAGGCAGGCACUACAGCCCUUUUUUAUGUAUGGCUUACUAAUAUUGCCUAAUGAGAGUAUACUGGAUCAAAUGUGCAUCUGUAUGUUUGCAUACAUUCAGGGAUUUUUUUUUUUUACAAAUGUCAUGAAAUCAACAUUACUAAAUAAGUUGGCACUUUUUCAAUACUUGAUUAUGAUAUAAGGGGUAUGAGAACACGUAUAAAACCAUAUUGCUCUUAUUAAACGGAAGUUCACCUUUAUAUCAACCUCAAACUUUUUAUAUAGGCCCAGCCUUACCCAUCUCAUUUUUGAUUUCCAAAUGUUUGUUUAGCUGAUAAAAUAAUAAUUAAACCACAAAAGAAGACCAACUGAAUAUUAUCUUAGGAUAUUAUUUUCUACAAUAUAAUAAAAAUUGUAAGGUAAACAACCAAUUUAGCAGUUUGUUCAUCACUCAGAAUCUUUAGCUGUGAUUUUUUUAAAUAAUCUGUAACAAUAACAAUACAUUUUAGCAAAAAAUUGGAAAAUAAAUGUAUUUUAUUUUA